CCUCUUUCCCUUUUUCUCCCUCUCUCCUCUCUCUCUCUCUCCCCCCGAAUCGAAGCGCCCGAUACUAGCAACACUGUUAGCUCGCCCUCGACCCCUCGGCCUCCUCCAAAUCUCGCGGGAUUCCGCCGCCUACCCGCGCGAUUCCGCCCCCCCGCCUCCCGCACAGGUGAGCGCGCGCGGAUCCUGCGACGCCCGCGCGGCGGUUUCCGCCCAGCAGCUCCGCCUGCGGCGCGGCCGCAGGAGCUGACCCUUGUUUUUUUGGGCGGUUUCAAGUCCGGCCGGUGCUCGCGCUCGCGACGGCGUCAGUGGUGGUUGGCGACGGCGUCCGCGCGGUCCGCCAUGGACUACAGGCCCUCCGACAGCAGCGGAACUGAUGAUGAUCUUCCACCACCAUAUCCGAAUAAUAGGGGUAUGAGAGGCAGUGGUCGUGUCAGUGGUAAUGGAAGAGCUAUUGUUCCUGCCAAUUCAUAUGCUAGGGCACCGACAGAUAUGGAAACACAAAUUCAUCAGCUUGAGCAGGAAGCAUAUUCUUCAGUUCUUCGUGCAUUUAAAGCCCAAUCUGAUGCCAUUACAUGGGAGAAGGAAGGUCUCAUAACCGAACUUAGAAAGGAGCUAAGGGUAUCUGACAAAGCACACAGGGAGCUAUUAAACAGGGUUAACAACGAUGAUAUUAUCCGCAGCAUAAGGGAAUGGAGAUCUACCGGAGGGCUUCAGGCAACCUUGUCCAAUAAUCCUCAGCCGAUACAUGACCCUGUGCCCAGUCCUACCACCUCUGCUCGUAAGAGGCAAAAGACGUCUCAAUCUGUUCCUGCUUUACCUGCACCGUCCCCUGCAAUGCAUUCACAACAACUAGCUGCACCAACACAACCAUCAUCUUCGACAGUUAGAAAAGGAGUUCCACCAGGCCCUAAAGGCAAGAAAACAAAACCAGGCCAUAAGAUACCUGGUGGCUCUGCAGUCAAGUCCAUGCCAUCUUCAGCAGGUCCUAGCGGAAGAGGACCACAUAUGAAUAGAAAUUUUCCUGGUGGUCCUCCUGCUGAACUUUCUCAAGCACAGAGUGUCGAUCCAUUAAUUGGUCGUAAAGUCAUGAGUCGGUGGCCUGAAGAUAAUAGUUUCUAUGAAGCAGUUAUAUCUGAUUAUAGUGCGGAAACGGGUCUUUAUGCGCUGGUUUAUGACAUGAAUACUGCAAACGAGACCUGGGAAUGGGUUGAUCUCAAAGAGAUGGGACCUGAAGAUAUAAGAUGGCAAGAGGACGAGUCUGGGAUAGACCCUGUGACAUAUCUGCGAAGCCGAGGUGCUCCAAAUAGUGGGGGUAGGAAAUCAACAAGCCGUGGUGGGCCCAUGCCAGGUCCAGGGAGAGGAAGAGGAUUUCAAAAGAAUUUAUCCAAGCUGCCUCCCCAAAAUGGUGUUGGGAAGAGAAGUUCCGAUGACAUUGAUAUCCUUCAUACUGAGAGCCUCAUAAAAGAGGUGGAGAAAGUUUUUAACGUUAACAAUCCUGAUCCACUGGAAGUGGAGAAGGCAAAGAAAGCACUGAAGGAGCAAGAACAGUCGCUGAUUGAUGCAAUAGCAAGGCUUGCUGAGGCAUCAGAUGGUGAAAGCGAUGGGCACAAUCGUGGGCGAAGGAAUGCGCUGUAUGCUCAGGCAAACUACAACGAUUCCAUGCCUGUUGAUGGUGAUCAGGCUGAUGCCAUGUAGACAUUGCUGGAACAUGUAUACAGAACAUAAGAGAACUGUCUGUUGUAAAAUUCAGUGCUAAUAUUUAUUCCAGAUUUAGGUCGAUGUAGGUCAAGUACUUUUGUGUUCGAAGAUUUUUUUUUUUUGGUAGAAUUGCAAUGCAGCAUGCUGACAUGUAAAGUUCUAGAUGUGUACUAAGUUUUUUUUGUCCCGUAUGAUCUCAUCUCCUCAAUGCGCAAAAGGAAAUAGCACACGAUUUGCAAGCA